AUGCACAUCAAAUCUCAAUAUAAAAAAUUGGGUUAUUCUGGGUGAUUACAAAAUCUUUUGGAAAUAGUUGAUGAGGUCAUUUGCCAACUUUUUGGUGCAGCAAGAUCAAUUUUUCGCCACUUUAUAUUAUUUUUUUGGCUUCUUAUUUUGAUAACAGAUACAAAGUUUGAGCAUUUAGAACUUCUUAUUUUAGGAAAGAGAUUUAUGCAUAUUUACCUUGAAUACCUCUGCAAGAAGUAG